GGACAACAACAGCCUCGUGGCCCUGUUGCCUGAUCAGUUCCAAGGUCUAUCCAAACUAAAAGACCUGGCUCUUUAUGACAACGAUAUCAAACAUCUGCCCCGUGGAGUUUUUAAUGAUGCGAAACAGAUUAGGUCUAUGAGCUUUUAUCUUAACAAAAUCACUGAAGUAACUAAUGAACAAUUCAAAGAUGUCGCGCCAAACAUUCGAUUCUUGUACCUUCAUUACAACGAGAUGCGGGAACUACCAGAAGGCUUCUUCUCUAACAUGAAGGAGUUAAUAACAGCCACUCUAGACACCAACCUGAUGUGUUGUCACUUGACAAAAGAGGACGCGGACUGCGAUUUUGCCUCUGUCGACAGCUUUGCCAGUUGCGAGACUAUGUUCAGAGAUGGAGCCCCAAGGAAGUGUAUUUGGGUUGUUGGUAUCAUGUCUCUGAUUGGAGCUGUGUUUGUCAUCACAUGGCGAAUGGUCUACAAGGAGAGAAAUACUGCACAGCCAAUCAUGUUGACGCACUUGGCGGUAUCCGAUGGGUUAAUGGGUAUUUAUCUGAUCACCAUAGGUGUGAUGGAUGCGAUCUGGGCAGGGCAAUACUACUUGCAUGACUAUAGCUGGCGUUCGAGUCUGUUAUGCCAGAUAACUGGCGCAAUCGCAGUGUUAUCAAGCGAGGUAUCUUUGAUGCUUAUUUCUCUUAUCUCUGCUGACAGACUUAAAAAUAUUGUGUUCCCUUUCAAUAUCGAUGGACUGACUAACAAAGCCGCUCAUGCUUUGUGCUUUAUCAUCUGGAUUGUCGGUUUCAUAUUUGCUUUCCUUCCCAUAUUUGGCAUCCGGUAUUUUAAAGCCCCUAAUGGAGGUCAUCAUUACUAUGGCAGAUCUGUUGUAUGUAUUCCACUUCAGCUCUCAGACUAUAAGGCACCUGGUUGGGAAUAUUCUGUGGCUGUAUUUGUUGGUUUGAAUUUGGCUUUUGUAGCCUUUGUCGUUGUGGCUUAUCUUGUAAUAGUUGGAAACAGAUUGUGGGUCCAGGCGAUGUCAGCCAAUACCCAGCGAGAGACAGCUCUUGCCAAACGGGUGUCUUUCAUCAUCCUGACUGACUGCAUCUGCUGGAUGCCAGUCAUUGUUAUUGGACUCAGGACCCUUGUGGAAAAGUCGUUCAGGACACCAGGAGAUCUUGCCGUGUGGAUCGCAGUGUUUCUUCUCCCAUUCAACUCCGCCAUCAAUCCAAUCAUAUACACCUUGUCCACCACACAGGUUCGAGACGUUCUCAAAGCAAAAUGGCAACAGCUGUGCAACUAUUUCAUGGCAAAGUGUAGUCGAACGCAAACCGGAGAAGAUGUGAGAGAUCCGGGUCACGGUCAGGCUUUGGAGAUGAGGACUUUCGGAGCUGCUGGAGGGGAAGAGGGACCAGACAAAGAGGCCGAAGAGGAACCUGAAAAAGAGCAAGAGGAGGUUCAUAAACAUGAUCACCCAUGUCUAGAAAAUACUGAGCCCCAAGAUACAUGUAAAUGGCAGCUGAACACAAAACACAAAGAGCCUGCCAAGCCAGAACAGCUUGAAACUGAGCCUACCGACUCUACCGACAAAAUAACAGCACAGCCAAUGAAGACAGAGACUAAAGAUAAUAUACAGUCCCAGAAAGAUGUUGCAGCAAAUUCUGAAUAUGAAGAGUUACAAACAGAUUUUCAAGGGGAUCAGGACCAAUCUACUGAUGAAGUUCAAAUCCAGCAAGACCCAGAGAGUGAUGAUAGCGAUGACAGUAAUGACGAGUCCAAAGAUGAAAGUGAGCAUGAGAAAAUCGUAGAGCAAACCAAUCAUGAAGGGCCUGAAGAGAGAGAUGAGACUGAAGAGGGUGAAAGACCACCGGAUGAACACGAGGAUCCAUCAGAGAAGAAAGACAAACGUGAAAAACAAGAAGAAGAAUCUGAAGAACAACAUGAAGAUGACGUGGAAGAUGAGCCUGAAAAAAAAAAGCAAGUAUUGGAAAACGACCACAAAGAAUCUGAAGAGCAAGACGAAGAUAACAUGGACCAUGAAGCUGGGGAAGACGAACAGUUUAUCGUGAAUAAGGAUGAAAACCAAACAGAUGAAAAUCUCCCAGCAGCCUCUGGGCGAGAGUCUCCAAGAGCACCGCUGGCCACGUUUGACGAUGACAGCGAUCUUGAUCAGUUUUACGAAGCACUCGAUGGCAUAAAAGGAACGAGAGUGUAAUAAAAAACAUUGUGUUCUCAACUGAAUCCAUUUUAUUUAUAAGAAAUUACCUCUAAAAUCGAUUAAGUAGGUGUUCGGUUCUAUCAAGGCGCAUAUAGUGACUCUGAAAUACUAAAACAGUAGUUUUCUUAAAUAGUGUCAAAAUAUAAGCUUUUUGUUUUAUGUGAGAAUAUAAGUGCCCGUGUCAUGCUAUACAUACCAGUUAAAUAUUCGAUAACCUAAAUGUAAUAAAAUGAGCCAUUUUAAAUUAUUAGUUGUUAGGGAUACUUGUUUACGCGCCAAUGUCUUGUUUAGCUUGAGGUUUGGCAGUAAAUGUGGCACUUUGUACAUGUACUAUUAGAGAUCAAAAGUAUGUUAGGUUCCAUCUGCGGUUGAUAAGCCUUGAACUGUUACAGCUUAAUUAUUAUAGAGACCCAUCUCUGUCCUUUACAGAAGUAUUAAUUCAGAUCAUACUUCAGUAGCGAGAGUGUACUUGACAAUUAUUCCAGGAGCGCGCGUUGGAUAUGAGAUGAUAGAUAGCCAACGGGGCGCGUAGCGUCGAGUUGGCUUUAAUCAUAUCAUAUCAAACAAGCGCGAGUGAAAUAAUUGUUUUAUUAAA